AUGAUUCGAACAUUGUUGUUAAAUUUUUUAUUGUUUACAACAAUUUAUGCUAGUCCUGAAGAGGAUGAAGGUGUAAAAUACGCUAAUAAGUGUGAAGUGUGCAAAGUAUUUUCUAUGGAAUUGGAAGCAAGGCUAGAUGAAACAGGAAAGACUCACGAUGUCCUGGAAGUCGGUUAUUCUCUAGACGAUGUUGCUCCGAAAAAGAAAAAGCAGUAUAAACAAUCAGAGCUGAGACUGGUUGAAUCACUGGAAGAUAUUUGCGAACGUAUCCUGGAGUAUAACAUCCAUAAGGAGCGUGAUGACAGUACAAGAUUUUCCAAAGGAAUGAGUCAAACCUUCAAAACACUCCAUGGCCUUGUAGAUAAAGGAGUUAAAGUCGAGUUGGGAAUACCGUAUGAAUUAUGGGACAAACCAUCUGUUGAGAUAACAACCUUGAAAACACAAUGUGAGGAUAUGCUCGAAAAUCAUGAGUCAGAUAUCGAGGAGUGGUAUUUCAAUUACCAAGGAAAAGUGCCGCUUGAAAGGUAUCUUUGUUCUGAACGGGUGCUCGUAGACGAUGAUGACUCAUGUCUCAAAGAAAAAGGCGACACGGAAACAGAUAAUUUUUUUCCAUACUUGGUUCAAUUUUAUACAAUAGUACCUUGUGGUGGUAUUUUAAUUACUCCAGAUUGGGUUCUGACUGCUGCACAGUGCCUUCACAAUAAGCGUAAUUCGAUACUGGUUAAUGUAGUGGGAACCAAUGAAAUACCGGGCGAACCAAUCGGAGUAAAAGCAACAUUUAUUCAUCCAAAAUUUAAUAUGUACUCAAAAGUACACGACCACAGGUUCAACAUUGCUCUGAUGAAACUCUACCGGCCAUUCAAUUUACAGCCGCUUGGUUUCUUAAAUAAUACUGCCGGGAUGCUCGUGAAUAUUGGGGCUACUAAAUCGAUAAAUACAUACAAUUGUUGUUUUAUUUACGGCUGGGAUAGUAUUAUAUCUUCGACGAUUCGGGUGUUUACCAAAGCUAUAAAAACUAUUUCAGUACAACCGCGAGAUAAAGAGGCCUGUGUAAACAAGAUCAAUGACGUAAAUAUUGUAUGUGCCAGCGGUGAAAGCCGGAAACAGUGUGCAGGUAAUCCAGGUUCACCGAUCGUAUGCAAUGAGCCGAACGGUGAUAAUCGUGUAUUGGGGAUAGCAUCUUGGACUAAUUUUUCUCUCCAAUGCGAUGAUUCUUCUACCUAUUUGAAUCUUACUUCGUUUAGAUCAUGGAUUAAUAAUUUAGUUUCAAUGGACUUUGAAAAAAAUAACAGUCCUGGUAAUUAUAAUAGCACUACAAGUUUGAAAGUUCAAGUUAAAUAUUUUUACAACACUCCGAAAACCCCUUAUUACCGUAAAAUUCAUAAUUUUACAACAUCUACAACAAAAAAUACAACUAAGCGCAAGAAAUAUCAAGAUAUCGAACGUAGUGACAAAGAUGAAGGAACCACAGAAGACGAAUUAUCAAAAAUUUUUCCUUUGUAUCAAGCUUCAAGCUCCAAUUUAAUUUACCCGAUUUAUUUUCUCUUAAUUCUAGGACACAUUUGCAGUUUUAAUUUAUAG